UUGUCCUUGUGUGCAAGGAGAUGUGAUGAGAAAUUUACAUGCAAGUUCUUGGCAAUGGAUCACGAGGAUGCCCUAAGUCAAUUUUUUUAUUUAGCGACUUUAACAGGUACAUGUUCAACUGUGGAGAAGGCACACAGCGAUUAGCAACAGAGCACAGAGUGAAGUUGUCAAGGCUAGAACACCUGUUCUGUACAUACAGGUGUUGGGAAAACAUUGGAGGAUUACCCGGUAUGGCUCUAACCUUGCGUGACAUAGGGGUGCCUAAGAUUGUUAUUCACGGUCCGCCCGGACUUCAGAAGCUAUUCAUAAUGACCAAAGGUUUCAUGAUGACCAAGGAUAUGAAUAUUGAGAAGAGAACCUACACAGAUGAACCGUUUACUGACAACAUGAUGACUGUCAACUACGUGCCCAUAUUUGGAGCGUUCCGCAAUAUGCCGGCGCCCUCUGACAGUGACAACGAGGCAGAGGCAGCGCCAUCUGAAGACUAUUAUGCGUACCAGAAUAAAUACGUAGCGAAAGGAAACCUGCCAAAGAACACGGAGGACACACAAACGACCAAGCAAAAUUUUCAACUGGAGCCGGAACCAGACAGGGAAGUGGCUGUUGCGUUUGUUUGCAAGCCACAUGUGAGGCCUGGUCAACUUGACUUUGAGAAAUGUGUAAAGUACAAGAUUCCACCAGGUCCUCUACUUGGCCAGUUGAAACAGGGACAAGAUGUUGUACUCACAGAUGGAACAGUGGUGAAAUCUGAGGAUGUGACUGCACCGGAUCAGCCAGGACGUGUAUUUAUUGGUUACUCAAUGACUGCGUGUAUAAAGAUCAACAAUGACAAGUACCGAAAGGAAACUCUGGCAAUGACAGGGGCAAGAGAGCAACUAGAGCAACUCGGGCAGACGAUGGAAGACCUCUCCGUGCCGACGUCAUCCGGGCGAGCAGAGGAGAAGGAGACGGAGGAGUAUCCAGAAGUUGUGUUUCUCGGUACCGGCUCGUGCAUCCCUAACAAGGCACGCAACGUCUCUGCAAUAAUAACACACGUCAGCUUCCACAGAGUGUCUGCUGCUGGACUGUGGGUGAAGGCACCUACGGGCAGCUCUGGUCCGUUUUCUAAUAUGGACCGCAUCGCGGGUUCUACGGAAACUGACUGUGGCUCUUUGUCUCCCACCUUGCAAUCGACCACCCACUAUGAGUACAGGCCCUUACACAAGUUAGAAGAUUAG